AUGAUAAGUGUAAAUCGUAGUUUACAAGAAAUCUUUGGAUUUGAUGACCAACAACCUAGACCAAGUCACCAAGGCCACGCUAGUGUAUGCCUUUUAUGUUGGUGUUCCAUUUUGCGAAGGCAAAGUGAAAUAAUAUUGAGAAAUAACCCCAGGGACCUGCAUCAGUUGAUGUUUACUAUUACUGAACACAGGGUUGCUCCAAGACAGGUUACAGAAACUGAUAAGGUAUUUUGGUUGCGCAUUCAAAGAGAGGCCCAUCAUACCCAUGAAGUCAACAGACCACAAUCUGUAACUGAGGAGUUGUCAACAGCAGAUAUGCCUAUAUUAGCAGAGGUGCAGCCAUCUGUUUCAAAUGAAGAAGUGAGUCGCACACCAAAUGGAUUAACUUUACCAGAUUAUAGAGGAGCGGCUAACAACAACAAUCGUUGUGUUUUCAGCAAUUGUAAUAGUACCACAUUGCAUGGCAUCAGUGACAAACUACGUGCUAUAGUUUUAAGCAAUCACAACUUCUACAUACCUAAACUAGCUCGUGUUUGCAGUGAAAAUUUAAGUAGCAAUUUAUGGGAGACUUUAUAUGAUUCUGCAAAUAGUUUGGACACUUUUACUGCAGACCAAGUGACACAUGUAUUUUUUUAA